AUGACGACCACUUUCAAGCUCAACACUGGUGCUGAAAUCCCAGCCGUCGGCUUCGGAACCUGGCAGGAUGCCGAUUCGCAGGAAGCCGCGGUCUUGGAGGCUUUGAAGGCCGGCUACAAGCACAUUGACACCGCCCGGAUCUACGGAACCGAGCCAGCCGUUGGUAGUGGCAUCAAGAAGUCCGGUAUUCCGCGCGAACAGAUCUUCCUCACGACCAAACUCUGGAACAACGAUCACCACCCCGACGACGUCGAGAAGGCUCUUGACGCAUCUUUGAAGGAUCUCGGGACCGACUACGUCGAUUUGUACUUGAUCCACUGGCCGGUUGCUUUCGGACGGGGUAGCGAGGCGUUCCCCAAGGACAGCAGCGGCAAGGUGAAGACGGAGAAGAUCGAUGUCGUCGACACCUACAAGGCGCUCGAAAAGGUGUACAAGAAGGGCAAGGCCAAGGCUAUCGGCGUGUCCAACUUCAGCAGGGCAGAACUUGAGCACCUGCUCAAGGAGACGGAGGUGGUUCCCGCCGUGCACCAGUUGGAGUCGCACCCCUGGCUGCAGCAACGCGACUUCUCUGAGUUCCACCGUCAGCAUGGCAUCCACAUCACGCACUACUCGCCGUUCGGAAACCAGAACGAGAUCUACGGGUCCAACAUCGGCAAGCUGAUCGACGACCCGGUGCUCAACGAAAUCGGCAAGAAGUACAACAAGUCGGGCGCGCAGGUCGCGCUUGCCUGGGGAAUCGCCGAGGGCCACUCGGUUAUUCCGAAGAGCAAGACCCCGGCACGCAUCAAGCAGAACCUGGAGGGUGACUUCAAGCUUGACGACGAGGACGUGAAGAAGGUCCAAAGCCUUGAUAAGAAGCUGAGGUUCAACGACUCCUCGGCAGACUUUGGCCAUGAUUUCUUCACGGAUUUGGAUGGCAAGAAGGCCUAA